GCCGAAAUCUCGGCCAGGCCCUUUUCUUCCAAGUGCUAGUCUCAUUCGCUCUUUAGCUUUCAACUUCGAAAUAUCGCCUCCCUGAGUUUCCGGGUCAGACAAGGUUAUCAAGUAGAUUAAAUUUGCUCCGCGUGUGUGACUAUCGGAGGUAAAAUUUCCCCAAGCAUAGAUCCGGGCGACACGAGCGUCUGUCGCAUUGAGUGUGCAAGCACUACAUGAGCACUCGUCUUCUUGGAGCUAGUCUCCAAAGGUGAAUUGUCCUAUUGUUAUUAAGACCAUGGAUGACAACAUCGCACAGGAGAGUUGAUCUCCUUGAAAGGAGGGGGAUGGAAUAGACAUACAUCCCAACUCCACUCAGUUUCCUUACAGAAUCUAGAAGAAGCUACUGUUGGUGUGAUCGGAUUCAAAGGCUUUAGCUGACGGGCUUGUCUGGGCUGACAACAACGGCCAUUAUAUGGGCCAUAAAUGGGAUGAAGAGGGCGGUUGGACCGGGACAUUCAGACGUAGAAUCAUAGCCAUGAAAGUACGAUGCAUGCUCGGUCGGUGCCGCCGAAGGACGAUAAUGUUGGCCAUGUUCUGCGGGGUAGCGCUGUGCGUGCUGCACGGUAAAGUACUCUUUUCGGGAGGGAACGAGCACGGGCGACAACCUAGAUCAGAGGGCGGGAUAUUCGGCCUUCUGGGAGUAUUCCGUUCCGAGGACACCGCUAGCGGCAAGCACCAGACCAGGGUGCAUGGGGCAAUCCACAAGGAGGUGACGGGCAACUUUGAGCCGCCCCGGGAGCCUAGUCGGCAUGGCAUCGGGGAACAAGGCGUCUCGGUCACCCUGGAGGAUUGGGAGAAAGCUGCGGUAGAAAAAAGCCUGCGAGAGUACUCGCUGAACUUGUAUGGCAGUAAUAAGAUAUCUGUGGACAGGUCACUGCCUGAUCUUAGGGAUCCGCAAUGUAAGCAUUGGCACUACCCCGAGGAUCUGCCCCAAGUAAGUGUUGUUAUCCCCUUCCACAAUGAGGGUUGGUCCACGCUGAUGCGGACCGUACAUAGCGUCAUCAACAGGAGCCCUCCGUACCUACUUAAGGAGAUUGUAUUGGUGGAUGACUUCGGUACAAAGAACCACCUUGCUAAGCAGCUGGAGGACUAUCUACGGACACCAAGACUCCGAGGACUCGUCAAGCUGCUUCGAACCCGCCGAAGGGAAGGCGUGAUCGGAGCGCGAACCUUCGGCUUUACCCAGGCUUCGGCCCCGGUCAUCGUGUCAAUGGACGCUCACUGCGAGGUGGGCACAAACUGGCUGGCACCGCUCCUGUCUGUAUUGGCUUCAAAUCGGUCUUCGAUUGUUGUACCGAUACUCGAUGUUAUCGAUAACAUGGAUUAUCGGCUGUACCCACAAGGCGAUGGCAGGCUGGCAAGGGGCAUGUUCGAUUGGCGGUUGGACUACAAGCGGGUCCCGGGCUUACCGGACCGGGAGAGAAAGGGUCGCCGUUACAAAACAGAGCCUUACAGGUCCCCUGUAUUUUCUGGCACUGUCUUUGCAAUGUACAAAUCCUUCUUCUUCGAACUAGGCGGCUAUGAUCCUGGACUCAAAAUGUACGGCGGAGAGAACUACGAACUUUCCUUCAAGGCAUGGAUGUGUGGUUCAGGCAGCGUGUGGUGGGUGCCAUGUUCACGCGUUGGCCAUGUGUAUUACGUGAAUGGCGUUCCUCCAUACUCGCUCCCUCGUGAAAGCCUCAGCACUUAUAGGGAUAGGAAUUACGCUCGGGUGGCCGAGGUGUGGCUGGACGACUACAAAGACUACCUCUACGCCAGCCGGCCCCACAUGAGGGCGCCCUCCUUCAACAUCGGGGACCUGAGCAGACAGGCCGCCUUUCGGCGGGAGCGGAAGUGCCACAGCUUCGGCUGGUUCUUGAAAGAGGUGGCCUAUGACUUGCUGAGUAAUUUCCCUCCUCCGCCCAAACUUGUGGUUACAGGAGAGAUUCGGGCACUGGACACAGAGUUUUGCUUAGACACCAAGAACCAGGUGCCGGUGGAUGAAGGAGUAGAGUUGACGAUGUACAAAUGUCAUGGCUCUGGCGGUAAUCAGUUUUUUCGUUUGACAACUGCUGGUGAUAUUCGAGUGAAUGAUUUUUGUCUGGGUCAGCGAGGACAGAGCGUCAUGAUCACAGCUUGUGGCAGUCCUAAUGUUAUCAAGGAUUGGCAGCAUAGCCAGGAGAAAAGUAUUCUCUGGAGCAGAAAGCAGAACAGGUGCCUAGAGCGUUUGGGUCUGAAGAUUGUUUUGUCGACGUGCCGUAAGAACUUCGACCCCCAACUCUGGACCUUUGAUGACCCUUUCCAACUGGAUACUUUGCAAGUGGUUUGAGGAUCGUAUAUCUAACUCCAUGCAGUCAAAUUUGGGAUUUUUUUUGGUUGCUAUAAGCCUGCUAUUUUGUCAUUUUCUUCAGAAUUUCAAACAUAAUGCAAUGUCAUACGUCAAAUGCUCGCCAGAUGACCUUUUAUGGAUAGGAGGUGUUUCUCGCUACCAUUUAUGCUCAGCCUGAUGCAAAAAUUGAGAAGAAACCCGCAAAUCGCAUUCUGAUGGUAAAGGUUUAAUCCUGUUCGUGGUUUAACUUGUCGAGUCCAAGAUCAGCGAGUUCGUAGACAGUCAUCAAACGUAUCAGUGUCUUCAGAACGGCGUGUAUAUGUAGGCCUGAAAGUUGUAUUGUCCAUAUUUGUCCAACUUACAGUAUUUUCUUUUUAAAUGAAGCACCAUUGUACAUUUCUGUACUUUUAGAAUUUAAGCAUUUUUACAUAGUAAAGAUAUAUCCUUUGAAACAUUUUCAGCCGUCCAAUAAUUUUCUUAAGUCAUCAGUAAGUUAUCGGUGGUGUAACUCCAAGGCCUAAUUUGCAAGGAGGUUGGGGGCCUCUCAGUUUGUGAAUGAGGGGAAUCCAAUCGUCAGUGAUUUCCGAUCACCUCAAUUUUUCUACUCCACAUUGGGACGCAGGGAAGGAACCACAGGGGAUCACUGGGCUGUCCCGGCUUCUUCAUAUGGUUACACUGACAAAAUUUGUUACUAGAUUUGUGAAAAUGUAAACCAUCGCAUUAUGGUGCAAUAAUGUCAUUUUGUAGAAGGGCAAAUCAUUUACAGUUGAAUUACAUACAAUAACAGCCACUGUUGGCAGUCAGGUAAUAUUUCUUGAAAGACAGCAAUUUGGGUUUAUUUGGUUAUUUACCAAUUCUGAAAGACUUUUUGAGCUGCCAUUACCACGCUUAUACUUAUAUAUAGAAUUCUGCCAGGGUGGUACAAAGCAUAGAUUGCAUGCGGGUUGACAUAAAAAGUCAGUAAGACACAUCUCUGCGUUGCGUAAAGCCGUUGCUUCAGUCAAAUUUUGUCUUAUAGCGCCUGGUGCCUCAAGUGCACUUCUUCAAGAUGGCGGUAUCGGUAAGAUAUGGCUCUUACCGAAUAGCUCCGCCACGCAUUUCCUUUUAUUCAAAUGGCAUUUUAGGGUUCAGGAAUAGGCCAAGUUUUGGACAAGUUCAUUCAGUGCCGUAUGUGGAAGGCUGCUGAUAUCUUGUCAUGAUGACGGUAAGUGGUUUCAGAGAGAUACAGCUAAUACAAAUAUUGGCUAAUACAAACUGACUUUGGGGCGAAACAGAGAGACUAAGCAUAAUGAAGUUCUUCAUCUGGCUGUAGUCAAACUAUAGGACAAGAUCCGAGAUGUAAAUAUCCUUUAUGUGUCUCGUUCAGAAAAAUCGAACACUCGUAUAAGCGAGCAAGUUCUAGAUGAUAAUUAUAACUGAGGUAGUUUGCAUAUGACGACAGUUGAUCAUCACCUUGCAUCAGAAGUAUAGAGUUUGCGCUCAGACAAAAAUGACUGAUAUGAACAUAGUCAGGUGCCAAACCACUCACUGAACUUGAUGGUGCUCCCCGCAGGGUAGAUAGACAGGCUGACACGGGUGACGCCCGAAGAGCAGCUGCCAUGCCAAGGUCGUCCGCGCCUGCAAAUGCGACACUUCCGUUCCUGCGUCAGCGAGCGUUAGCGGAGCCGGUUCCACGACGGCGCACUCCAGGAACAGCUCCGGCAAAAGAUAGACGGCCACUCCUCUGAAGAGAUUCACGGCCAGCCAAAGUGCAAGUAGCGUUGCCAAACUCACUAGGAAAAAAUGGGUCAAGGAAUCCAAUGCCGCGUCCAAGUUGUCGUGUACCUGGGCGCUCCCAGUGUCUCUACUGUGCUUUCUUGCGGGAACAGCUUGCCUUGUCUCCCCAUCGCCUACGCGGUACGAUUUCCCCCGUUGCGCCAGAACUGCCUUCAGUUUUUGGACUUUGUCGUGGAGUCGCGAGAAGUCUUCUCUGAGGGCGCUCUUCUGUUUGGCUGCUUUCGUCAUGACCAACAAAUCGAAUCAUGAUAACUGAGGGUCUGCGCCGUAAGGCUGACACGUGUGCUCACACACACUCACCACUGAACACCAAUAUAAUUUCACAGUAGGCAGCUCCGUGUUCAAAAUGGCCGCUUCAGUGUCAGGUAAAAAUGGGUGCUGGCCUCAGGAAUACAGUAGAGCAUGUGAAAAUAUGCCGAUGCCAGUGAGAACCAAAAAUGUAGAUUUGGAAAUAAUUUUCGAACAUUACAACAACCCAAAUAUUAAAUCUAAAAACAUUAUUAAACGAUAUUAAAAAACAUCGAAACUUAUGUGCCGCUUGGGCGUGCAUAUGUAAUGUCGCCCCAUCCCGCUUUUAAUAUCCAUUGCUGGGCAAUGUAAGGAUUUUGGUCACGAACCAAAUAUAUUUGCCGGGAUUUACGCAGCUGCCAUUUUCCCAAUACAAAACACUUCGUAUGCAGGGCAAUUUACCGGCGUUGCCAUUAUUUUGUUUUACCACACAAUUCUUGACACAUAAUUAGACAGCGCCCUCCACGUCGGGCAGUUGACAGUCUGCAUCGGCCUGCAUUCGUCAGUACGCUCUUAUUGCCCUAAAAUUAAUCCUAACAUGCCAGAAACUUACACAAAUUUUCUUCUAUAAAGACUAAAAAAAUGAAAAAAAA